AUGUCGACCAAAUCCGUACUCGUGCUCGAUGGCGAGUCCCUUUGCGCCGAAGACCUCCUGACACUGUCGAAAGGUGCGACUUCCAUUUCCCUCAGUGACGACGCCUGGACACGCGUGUCAAGCAGUCGCGACGUGGUCGAUGCGGUCCUCGAAGACCCCACCCGCGUCGCGUACGGCAUCAACACGGGCUUUGGGCUCUUUUCCACGGUCGUGAUCGAGCCCGACCAGCUCAAAGUGCUGCAGGCGAAUCUCAUUCGGUCGCACGCGUCGGGCACAGGGGACCCGUUAACCCCUGCGCAGACGCGCAUGCUCCUUGCGCUCCGCAUCAAUGUACUGGCCAAAGGCCAUUCCGGCAUCCGCGUCCCCACGCUGCACCAGCUCGUCGACGCGUUCAACGCGUCGUGUUUGUCGCUUGUCCCGAGCAAAGGCACUGUGGGGGCGUCGGGGGACUUGGCCCCGCUCGCGCACUUGGCGCUCGGGUUGCUGGGCGAAGGGCUCAUGUGGGACACUACUGACAACAACGACGUUGUAAUCCGCGACGCAGCUGAAGUCCUUGCGAAACACGGGUUGCACCCGUUGCAGCUCGAGGCGAAAGAAGGACUCGCGUUGAUCAAUGGCACGCAACUGAUCACGUCCAUUGGGGUCGAAGCGCUCGUGCGCGCACAGAACGUCACAAACUGUGCCGACGUGGUCGUUGCACUAUCGCUCGAAGUGCUCUGCGGUACGGUGAACGCCUUCCACCCGCGUAUCCACGCAGCUCGUCCCCAUAUUGGCCAAGCGCGCGUGGCGGCACGUGUCCGCACACUGCUGAGUCCCGAUGACCCGUCCGAGUUGUUUCGCAGCCACAACUACGUUGGCAAAGUCCAAGACGCCUACUCGCUGCGCUGUGCACCGCAGGUACACGGCAUUGUGCACGACACGAUCGCCUUUGUGCGGCAAGUGCUGACCGUCGAAAUGAACAGCGCGACGGACAACCCCAUGGUCUUUACGGGACCGGCAGCCGACGUGGCAGCGGAUAUCGGAUACCCACCAGCAGCAGUAGCUCCGGUGGCAUUGAAGGAGAUGUCGGUGGACAAGUGCGACGCUGAGUUGCGUUUGAGUGAACCGAAGAUCACGGACCUCGAAGACGCCAACCGGGAGAUUCAGCGGCUUCGGGCGCUACUGAACGACAACAGCGUGCAGCAGUACGAGACAAUGGAGCGCUUCACUGCGGACAUGAAGCGCACGUCCGACACGUUCUACCGUGGUGGCGAUGGGUUUGUCAUCUCAGGAGGUAACUUCCAUGGCGAGUACCCGGCCAAGGCGCUGGACUACUUGGCCAUUGGCGUCCACGAGAUCGCCAGCAUCAGUGAACGUCGCAUUGAGCGACUGGUGAACCCGACAUUGAGUCACUUGCCGGCGUUCCUCGUGCCGGACGGAGGGCUCAAUCCUCCGGGUUCCUGA